AUUUCUGCGACGUUCCGAUGCGGGUAGUUGCUAGAGCUAACAACAGUACGGUUGUCGUCAUUUGAAGGUUUCUUCUCAUUUUUUUGUGUACACCUUCAGCAGAAUUUGUUCUAAACUCUGGCCAGGCUGUUGAAGAAUCAUCUCAUUUUCUUCAGAAUGUCUGAGACCUCAGAAAAUGUGCCGAGUUAUGAGGAGCUGUUUGUUCAAAGAUUUUCAUCAGAGGACAGUGAAUACCAGCAGUAUCUGAACCGUCCAGCUGACCCACCACCCAUUGUGGAGGACUGGCGGGGGCGUGGAGGGGGAAACCAGAGGGGCAGGGACAACAGGUACCAGGACCGUCGAGGCUAUAGAGGGCGUGGCUGUGGAGAAGACAGGGGAUGGCGAGGGGACCGUCGUGGGCAGCAGCAGCACUGGCAUGACAGAGACAGGAGCUGGGGGCAUGGCAGUGGAUAUCAGUCUGGGCCCAGAAGCUCCAACCAGGGAUACAACAUCCAUCAUCAGCGACCACAUUAUGAUCGCUACUGAUUGCCACAGAUUUGUCAGUAUUAAUAGUAGUAACUGUGUUAUGACUCAAGAUGUGCUGCCUUGUCAUAGGUGAUCCAAUAAGCAUUGAGUGUUGUAAGAAAAUACACGUAUAGGCAGAAGUUUAUAGUAUAGUGGGCAAUCUAAAUUUCCAGGAUAAAUGUAUUCAUGUUACAGCUUUAUUCAUACCAUCAAAAUACAAAUGCACUGACUUGCAAAUUAAUUUAUGUUUCUGUUAUGAGUUUUUCUAAUAAAAAGGACUGUGACCAUCCCAUCAGAUAUAUAAACUAA